ACAGUAUCACCAAGCCAUCCACUAUAGAAGAUUCUGUUGAAGUUCGCAGAAAUUUUCUGGGCAAAACAGUCGUUAAAAAAAUUGAAAAGAAGCAAUCACUUUAAGCCAUCCACUUUGAAAAAAAGUUGAUUCGCCACAGAAUUGAGUGAAGAUCAUGUUUACCUGUUGAAACGGACGUGCGAACAACAAUUGGUAUGCUUGCAGCAAGUUCCAGGUAACAACUUGAAUCGAACUUGGGAAUAAAAAGACGAACACGACGCACAGCCUCUAUAUAAUACCGGCGCAGUAACUAGUAGAAGUUGAUUCACAACUGGAAGAGCGAUAGGCGGAUUUUUGACGCAAGUAUAACUCAGCAUUUUAGUUAGACAUGGCAUCAAUGUUGGCAUUGAUGUGUAUCGUCUGCCUUACUGCACAGCAGGUCAUUGCUGAUACUCACACUACGUGUAGCCCUGAUCCACAGCACACCACUGUAUCAGCGGUACUGCAGGUGUCCUCCGCUGAUGUCGAAGCCAGGCAGGAGACUUCGUUCACUCUGAGGUCGGCAAGUUCCGCGCAACCGAUUUUGAACACCACACAGUCUUGUUCAGGCAACGCGGACCACGCCUCCGACGUCGUGGAAAUACUGCGAUCUCUGCAACAGACUGUGGAAGAACUGAAGACCGUUGUAGCUGAACUGUGCACCAAAGCACCAUGCGCUGCCGACGCCACUGACUCCCCGGUUGAGGAAGUGACUACAACUUUAACAGAAGUGACUACAACUGCCCCGCCUACAACGGCUGCACCAGAAUGCCAUAACUUCACGAUAAGCUACCAUAGCUAUAACUACAAGUUUGCAGCUCUGCCUCGCUCUUCCGAUGGGGGAGUUCUUGUCAGAUUCGCCGUGCGCGCUAAUAAUGACGCCCACAUUGCUCUCACCGGACAGAACGCCGACUCCGCCUUCAUGUACGAAAUCGUCAUCGGCGGAUGGGGUGACACGCGGUCGGUGAUUCGUCGGAGGAAGCAAGGAGCGAACCUCGCAACCGUACCCUCCGAAUCGACUGGAUGGUUGGACGAGGAGACCUUCAUGGACUUCUGGGUCAGCGCAACUCCCGGUACCAGCACUGCCGACUUGACCAUCGCGGUCGGUCGAGGCUCGGACACUGCGCCUUUCAUGAGUUACGUGGAUAGCUCGCCGCUUCCCGUAACCUACGUAGGGUUUAGUCUGUAUAACUCGGUCGGCGAAUUCGAGUUUUGUGGCCUUGAUUUAGUUUCCGGUUCUUAACUUUGAUAGAUGCAGUUAUUUUCAAGUGGACCCCGCUUGGCUUUCCAUAAUAAAAAGUAGCAAAAAGUUCAAAGUUCACAGCAUUUCAUUCUGAUAAACAACUCACCAAACAUCUGUAGGCUCCAACAAUAAAAACGUGAUGGAAAGAAAGUUCAAAGUAACCCAAUACACGUCUUUGGUGAUCAAACUUUCUCAUGAUAUCACUGUUCACUUCUUCAACAUUCUUUUUUUCAAUCGCUUUGACGGCCCCCUCCUUUAUUAACACAGUACACUUGCAAGUCCCAGAAAUGAAAUACAAAAACUAACAUUUCAACACACAAAAAUUCAAACAGUCUUCAAAACAAAAUGUGCAUAAAGUUGUGAAAAAUGUAAAACUGCUUUUUCUUUUUCUCAUCAAAUUUUGGUGCGAGUUCAAAGGGGAGAUCCGCCCACCAGUUAAGGAGGACGGGCGGUUCACUGAACACCGUACGUCAAACAUUGGACGGAAAAUUUCUCCUUGAUUUGUUCUUAUGUAAGUGAUUGAUGAUUUAAGGUCGGUAAAAUCCAGUAUGAUGGAAAGCUUAAGAUCACAAGUAAACAAAAACAAAGAAACCCUACAAAGAAACAGAAAAAAUUACUAUAAUAUUGAGUUCUGUGUUGCAUGUACAUUUCAUAAUGUUCAAAGUCUAUAAUGUAUACAUUAAACAAAUGCAUUUUAAAACGAAUAGGGCUUAUUAUCAUCAAUAUCUUUUUCCAAAUCGUCAUCAAGAAUUGCCAUAAUUAUUCGCUUCCCUGAUAUAUUGUGUAAGCAUCGUUUAAAAUUACCUCAAAGCUUUUGGCCUUACAUUUAUCAUAAUUGCUAAUGCAUGUAGAAUUAAAUGAUUACAAUGGCAUACAAAAUGAUAUUGCUAUUAUUAUG